GUAGCUUUUGGCAACUCCCAGCCAUUCCCGGCUGAUUGAUCUUCCAAAGUCAUGGCGUUCCUCAUGGCCUCGCGUUCGCGGAAGAACGUCCGUGUGCUCGCCUUCCUCACGCUGCUUCCGGGUGCAUUGGCACAGGGGAAACCCAUCGUCAUCAACUUGGGUCCCUUGAUGGAGAAUUCCAAUCUGGCAGAUCUGAGUAUGGCACCCCUGGUGCUCGGGGAUGCUGCGCCCAGUGCUGGCAGACCCUUGGAAGCCUUUCAGGACACUGAGGAGCAACUUCUCCGUGGGUUGAUGGACCACUUUGGUGCUCACAUGCUUCCAGCCAUGCAAUCGGGCACCAAGGGCUUUCAGACCGAGGUGCAGGGAGAUCACUUCCGACUGCGGGCAUCGCUCCCAGGCUACAGCAUGCACAGGAGUAGCAAUGGAGAUGAGCCGUUGAACGUACAGGUGGCUGGCCACACACUGGUGGUGCAAGGCUCUAAAAGCAGUGGGAACAUGAUGACCAGCUUCCAGCGGAGUUUUCCGCUACCAUGGGAGCCGGAUCAAGAGCACAUGCAAGUGACCUACAGUGCCCAAGAUGGCUCCUUGCUGGUCGAUGUGACCAAGAAGCCUGGUGCUCCAAGUGUCCAGUCAGCUUCCACUGCUGCGCAGAGUUCGGACGACGACAUGGCAUUGGAUCCCUUUGCGUUGCUGGCUCCUCAGCUGACGAUGUCCUUCUCGGACCAGGGCCCUCCACAACUCCGCCGGAGCCGUCUACGGGGCUUGCCGAUGAUCGUGGGCCUCUCAAAUCGCGGGCCGAUGGCCAUCCAGGAUCCCUUCGAGCAAUUCUGGAACGACCUCGCAGACCGCGCAGUUGACGAUGACUCUGAGCCGGCAACGGCCAUCGAACAGAAGAGCAAGAUCACAACGUCUAUCUCGCCACGCUCGCCGGUCGUGGUACAGCCCAAGAAGGCCACACCCUUCUGGCGCCUUUCGGAGUCUCAGCGUGCCAAGUACAUCGACAUUGUGAGUCCUCCGGGCGUGGAGCUGGGGAAGGUUCGAGGCAAUUUCGUGGAGUACUCCACCACCUCAGGGGACGGCCCACAGAGGCUGGAUUUGCCCAUCUCCGUGCAGCCCGAGGACUGGGACGAGACGGUGGUAGAAAGCGACACAAGAAAAAAAGCCAUCAAACACUUCUAGCUUCUUGUUCCUAGUAAGAAUGCUAGUAGUAAGGCCAGGAGCCGCUUCUUGUUCCGAAAGCGACACCCAAAGAAAAAAGGAAUAGAGAGAAACCCGCUCGCGAUGGCCUCCAACCUAAGAGAUGAAAAAAGAAUCAAAUCUCACCAGCCCUGGAGGUGCAUGAUGUGGCUUGAAGUGCUUAGACCGUUUCCACUCUUGUGGCCGAAUCUUCCAAACCGAGGAUUUGUCGAGAGCUUCGACCAUCGAAUCGAUGCGUUCAAAAGCUCAUCAACGGGGUCCAAACCGAAGCAGCUCGGUGCGGCGAUCACCUGAACCGACUGCGUGCAGACUCACAUGAGUUCCCAGGAACACGUCCUGCGGUGCCACACGCAUGAAGCGGUCCGGAACCUCCACAUCAAUGUCAUCGAUGAGUUGUGAGACCCACCGAGAUCUGCUGGGUGUGUGAUUGCGUGGCUUCAGCACGACCGAAGGGCGACAGUUGAGGCCAAAAGGGUCCGAUUGUAGG